AUGGGUAAAAAAGACCGACCUGCAAAACAUUAUUCUAUAGGUAGCCAGGCAGCUAGCUGUGGUCCGUACCCAGCAGUGCAUCUCUGCGAUUCGAGCAUAACCUACGAACUGGUUUACUAUUACUGCUCUCUCUCAUUCUCCCUGCAGCAGGGCUCUGAAGGGGCGGGGCUAGUAGAAGUUGGGGAGGAGCCAAUCUUCAUGCGUACAGAUUGAAGUGUUGGAGACUCAUGGAUGAUGGUCAGUGUGAAAGGGAGGGGCCUCUGGUGUCUGGGGGUCUUCCACGGGUCGACCUCCAGAACAAUCUGUCACAUGACCCAGAUGGACGGUCACCUGACCGGAGCCCGUCAGAAGAAGAUGAGGAGAGCAGCAGGAGCAGGAGGGGGGGAGGAGGGGGUGGAGGAGAGGUGUUUCAGCAGGACUCCCUCAACAACAACGAGGAUGAGGACGUGGAUCAUGUGACGUUGGAGGAGGAAGAAGAGGGGGAGGAGUCAGAGAGUAGCAGUGUGACUCGUGGCCAAUCACCUGACACUCCGAUGACAGACUCCUCAUUCUCAGACACAGGCAGUCUGGUAGAGUUCCACGCCUCUGUUUCUCCAGAAACUACAGAUCCCAUCAGCCCCCUCACCACAACUCGAGCAGAGCUCCCCCAAAGUGACGCCUCACACUCAGGACUCCUCACCUGCUCUGCUGGAUCUGGAAUCCGCACCUUAGAACCCGCCUGCACUGCUGGACCCAUCACCUCCACCGUGGGACCCGUCACCUCUGCCUUGGGACCCAUAACUUCCAUCGUGGAACCGUGCUGCACCGUAGGACCCAUCAGCACCAUCACAGGACUCAUCACCUCCACUGUGGGGAGCAGCCGCGCCACAGGACCCAUCAUCUCCAUCGUGGGGACCAGCUGCACCACAGAACCCAUUCCUACUCCUGCCCUCCUGGCUUGUCUGCAGGAUCUUGGGGAACGUGGAGAUGACACACACCUGCCCCAGUACCUGCACCAGAUAGCUGAGGCCUUCGUCCUUCAGGAAGACUUUGAGAGGGCAGUGUGGUGUGUACAGCUGGAGAGACUGUACCAUCAGAGACUACUGGCCAACCUCUCUACUCUGCAGGAGCAGUGGGAGAGACAAGGCAGGAAGAGCUGCAACACAGACCUGGAGACCAGGCAGCUGGGGAGACUAGCGCACGUCUGCAGCACACACCAGCGACCCAGCACGGAAGCAGGAGAGCAUGCAUCUGCAGACUCUCUGUUGAAGACCCCAAGGUGUGAAGAGGAGACUGCAGGUUCCAGCUUGACUACAUGUAGCUCAGACUGGCUGGCUGAGAGUCUACAGGGGAUGGAGGAAGUGCAAAGGGACUCUCAGGAUGCUCAACCAAUAAUAUCGUCUACAGCCUUGGCAGACACCCUCUGCUCCAAUGACAAAUCGGCAGGGGGCGGGACAGAGACUUGCCAUUACUUAGAGGCCACCAGUGGUUUUCAUGGAGAUAAGUUAAUUGACAGGCCCCCUGCCGAGUGUCCUGAAGAACGCAGAUCAGAGAUGGAACAAACCACUGCGGAGGGGGGCAGACCGAAUCCCCCAGAGGACAAGGAAAUGAGCCGGUCUGACCCUGAGGAGGUGGAGGAUGCCGAGGAGGCAGAGGAGGCCUUGGAAUUUAACGAGGAGGAGGAGCAGGAGGAGACUGAUACGUCGUUGCCUCUAAAGGCUCAUCCACAGGAAGGCAUGGUGGUGGAGCUGCACCCGGAGGCCCACCUCCACCAGGAGGCCCACCUCCACCAGGAGGCCCACCUCCGCCAGGAGGCCCAGCUCCGCGAGGAGGCCCAGCAUACGGAGCAGGAAUGGCGUCUGCAGGAUGGCUUGAUGGGGGUGGAGAGGAUGACGACCACUGUAGGAGCAGCUUCUCUAGAUGAUCUGGCCAAAUGCAUCACAGUCGAAGAGAGUGCACCUGCCCCAGGCCUGGUGUCCAUCCUGAAGAGGAGGAGUACUUGUGUGGAAGAUGUGUCUGUGGCCUCCAGCUCUGCCCCUCCCACUCACAAACCCCCUGCCAAGCGAAGGGUCCGCUUCAAGGUGCCUGAUGAUGGCUAUGACCAGGACAUGACGGGCGGGGACUCCUGCCUGCUGCUCUUCUUGCUGUGUCUGGUUACCGUGGUGAUCAGCGUGGGAGGCACCGCCCUCUACUGCGCACUGGGCGACGCCCAUUCCCCCCUCUGCAGGGACUUCUCCCGCAACGCCGACUUCUACCUGGACCAGAUGCAUCGUGGGAUGGAUCAGAUCCGACACUGGCUGACCCUGGGGUCAUAGAGGAGGAAGGGAGGGGGAGGGAGUGAGGGGGAGGGAGAUCCGACACUGGCUGACCCUGGGGUCAUAGAGGAGGAAGGGAGGGGGAGGGAGUGAGGGGGAGGGAGAUCCGACACUGGCUGACCCUGGGGUCAUAGAGGAGGAAGGGAGGGGGAGGGAGUGAGGGGGAGGGAGAUCCGACACUGGCUGACCCUGGGGUCAUAGAGGA